UUGUGAUUUUAGGGCUUGUGAGGGGUGGGGAGCGCGGGUCUCUCAGCUGGCGGAUUGACGCAUUCGCUGUUUUCGAUCGCCAUCGGCAAUGCACGACAAUGUGCUGCUCCAUCUCUCCUCCAAUUCCAACCAUUCAGACUCGCUGCCGUCCAAGCUCGCCAAGCUCGAAGCCAGGAUGGCUGGGAAAUCUAUCCCCGCCGCCAAGCCCCUUCCCGACGCUUCUCCCUCUUCCACAGACUCGGACGAAGAUAACGCUGGAGACUUUAUGAUCCAAGCCAGCGCCAGCUCACAGAAGAGAAAGACAUUUCAAAUGGACGAGUCGCGAGAAGAGGAAAAGCUGGAUCAAGAAGGCAGGACAACAAAGAGCAGCCGAGGAAUGGGCCAACGAAGCCGGGGUGGAAAAGCAAAAGAGGCCAAGCGUCCUCAUUCACCACCUUCUGCAAAGGUAGAUUUUUCUUUUCUAUUCAGUUUGAGCGUCCUGUAUCGUUUCCUGAAGGUUGACAACGGGAAUGGUGCGGAACACAAGAGGUUUUCGGAGGACGAGCGACUUAAGCAGGAAGACCUGAUGACAUUGAAUGCGAGGUGUGCGGGGCUUGGCGAGGAGCUUGACAAAGCUAGAUCAGAAGCUUGCCAAUACCAGAGAACCUGCCAGCAGCUAGAGAAGGAAAUAAAUGACAUGAAGGAAGUACAGCUCGAGAAGGAGCGAAAGCGAUUGAAGGUCGUGUCUGAUCUACUGAUAGCAGUUGCAAAAGGCGAGAGGCAGGAAGCAAGAUUAAGAGUCCGUCAGGAUUCAGUCCGGCUUGGAAACGUGGGAGUCAUGCGGGCAGGCACCUUACUGUCUGAGGUUUGGGAAGAUGGACAAGCAUUGAAAGACAUUCAAGCUCGUCUGAAAUCGCUCUUGGAACAAAAAGAUGCUAUUGAGAAACAAAGAAAGCUUCUAAAGAAAAAACAAAACGAUAAAACAGAUGCUUCGGAAAAUGAUCAGGGACUUGCCGAAGAAGAAUGUAUAGCAACGGAAGAGAUGUACAGGGCGCGGAUUUUUUCGAUUAAAAGGGAGGAGGAGAACACACUGCGAGAUCGCGAGCGCUAUGAGCUAGAAAAAGCCUGUUUCAUUCGCGAGCUCAAAAGAAUCAGGGACGAAGAUGGAUCGCGUUUCAAUCACUUUCCAAUCCUCAACAAACGUUACGCGUUGCUGAAUCUCCUGGGAAAAGGCGGCUUCAGCGAAGUAUACAAGGCUUACGAUAUGGUGGAAUACAGAUAUGUGGCCUGCAAGCUGCACGGUCUUAACGUCCAAUGGAGCGAAGAAAAGAAGCAAAACUACAUCCGUCACGCCAUCCGAGAGUACAACAUCCACAAGAGCUUAGUGCAUUCUCACAUCGUGAGGUUGUGGGACAUUUUCGAGAUCGACCACAAUACUUUCUGUACCGUGCUACAAUACUGCGGAGGCAAAGAUCUGGAUGCCGUCUUAAAAUCGACGUCAGUGCUUCCGGAAAGAGAAGCUCGGAGCAUCAUGGUCCAGAUCUUCUCCGGCCUCGUAUACUUGAACAGAAGAUCGCAGCGCGUCAUCCACUACGAUCUCAAGCCUGGGAACGUCCUCUUUGACGAAGCUGGCGCGGCCAAACUCACAGACUUCGGACUAAGCAAAAUAGUGGAAGACGAGGUUGGCUCGCAGGGAAUGGAACUCACGUCUCAGGGCGCAGGGACAUACUGGUAUCUUCCGCCCGAGUGUUUUGAUGUGAACAAGACACCACUUAUAUCGUCAAAGGUUGAUGUGUGGUCGGCCGGAGUGCUCUUCUAUCAAAUGCUAUUUGGGAAGAGGCCGUUCGGGCAUGACCAAAGCCAGGAGAGGAUUCUACGCGAGGAUACAAUCACCAAGGCGAGGAAAGUGGAGUUUCCAACGCGUCCUAGUGUCUCCGCUGAUGCCAAGGACUUUAUCCGGAGGUGCCUAUCAUACGAUCAAAUGGACAGGCCUGAUGUCUUGACCGCAGCACAAGAUCCUUACUUGUCCUAUGUCAAACGCAAACCUUGAGAACGAAGGAAUGACCGUGUAAGAAAAAACCAGAGCUUACCAUUAUCAACACUUAGAAACAAGCCUUCGAUUCCAAAUUGGUGUUCACGGCUCCAGUGCAGCCAAAACAAUACGCGCUGCCGUCCGGCUUGGACUCUGUAACGCUUCUGGCGGUUGAAUCAUGUGUAGCACCGACUCGGCGGCUUUAGCUUGAUCUUCUCUGGCAGCCACAGGGUCUUCCAGAAUAUUUCUGUGAAGAUAGACAAAGUUUAAUACCAAAAACUGCGAAAGAGUGAAUUCUUACUCAA